AUGUCGACGCUUGAGCAGACCAUCCGCAACACCGUCCAGGAGUUCAUCAAGAGCUACGCGGACGCGACCAAGGAGAAGAAGCCCCACCUAGUCUCCAGGUGCUGCGCCGACGACUGCAAGCGUCAUAUCGGACCUCCCGCCUUCCUCGCGCACGUCGGUGCGCCGCCCAACCUCACUAUGACCAAUGCCCAGUACGAGGCCGAGUUUGGCGAGCUAUCCCUCUACACGAUCACUUCCUUCAAAGUCAACAACAUCACCGUCGACGCGCCGAACCUGAAGGCAGCCGCGUGGUCGACCCUGUACUGCGACUUUAUCGACGGGUCCAAGCAUGAUCGGACGCAUGCGUGGUUCCUAGACUUCAACGAGGAUGGUACCAAGAUUGUCGAGCUCUACCAGCACAACGAUGUGCAAGAGGCUGUUGAUUUCCGGAACCUGAUCCAGUCUAUGAAGAAGGCCAGAGCGACCCAGGACUAG